AGGCUUGAGCGCGCGCUCGUUGCUCCAGCUGUGGCUGUGAGCGCGCGCGGCCCGAGGGGGUGUGUAUCCCCGUCUCACAGCCAUUUUUUUGCCGACUCAGCUGCGAUGUAAACUAACACGCAGUGCUACUAUCACUGAGUUUUACAGAAAAAUAAAAAACGGAACAAGUCUCUUCUCCGCUCAGGGCUGAUAUCUCUUGAACAUCUCGGGAUGGAGUUCCCCGUGGAUAUAUUGGCCUCUGUGUCUCCUGAAUCCCUGGAGCAGUCAGCGAAAGACUACAUGUCUAAACUUCAAUACAGAAAUUCAGAAAUACAGGAGUACCUCAGCAUACCUGGAUCCAAGAAAAUCGAGAUUGGCCUCUGUAAUGUAAGUUUUGUCCCCCUCUAUGGAGUUGACAUUAAACAGAAGCUCCUCGCACUAUUUUCACCUGAAGACCCAUUUAAAGCUGUUGGACUCUACCUGCUGGAUCGGUGGUGGUCAGCUGAAGAUAUUCUUAAAACAGCAGACUCCUCACGCACAGGAUUGAUUAAGGUCAGAACCAAUGGAGAGAGGAUAGUUCUGUAUGUUCUGAACAGAAUUAUCUACAGAACGAAAGAGAUAGCUGGGAAUGAUGCGCCCUUUCUUUGUCAUGGAGAAGAUGAAAUUGCCAAAAUCCUCUGGAAAAAUGGCGAGGCCAUUGGCUUUUACUCAGUCAAACCUGAAGGGAGACUAUGCAAGAGGUUCUUGACCCAUCGUUAUCAACUUCCUGUCAUGGAUACCAUAUUCAUCCGGAAAUGCCACCGUGGCAAUGGACAUGGUCUCCAAAUGCUGGAGGACUUUGUUGACCGCUUCAAAAAAGAUUCCAUGGGUUUGAAAUAUCCACUUUCACCAGCCAUGUACAAAGUUUGUAAAAAGUAUCUGAGCCGUUAUCCAGAAGACACAGAGCUGCUGUGGGAAAUAGAGGGUGUAGGAAGCCCUUUUCAGAGAACUCAAAUAGCCAGAAAACUACAAGCAAUGGACCUAAAAGGAAAUCACCAAGCUUUGGGGAAAUCGAAUUUGGAAACAGAAGACAUCCCAAUGGAAGCUGGUUUUAGACAAGUACAGGAGACUAUGGAGCACAUAGAGGUUGUGGAGGAGGUUGUCCGGAUUAAAAUAACAAAGGAGGUGCAGGACACACCAGUUACAACCCGUGGCAGAAGCGGCAAUCUGAAGCGUAAAAAACUUGGAGCAGACAAAGAAGAGACACCUGGGAAAAUCCUCAGGGUAGAAGACAUUGAGCCUGAUGUUCAGUCUGCAGAUGACCCGGUGCAUGAGUAUGGCAAACUUUCUGUGAUUUUAAAAGAGCCAGAACUCAAGGACACCGUGGAGACAAUGACACAUGAUGUGACCCCCAUAUCAGAGACUACUCAUCUUCACUGUGAAGACCAAAACAAAUUGACCCCUGAACCGACCUAUCAGUCAGAACCAGAAAAAGAUCAGGUGGACGAAAUAACUCCUGUUAUGGAAAUCCAAAGCCUAAAGGACAAUGCACAAAUCAUGAAAACUUUUGAAGCCACGAUUGUUCCAGUAGACCUCCAACCUUUAGAACUUCAUCAAGUUCAAGAGGUGGAGAUUGUUAAGAUGUCGUCUGAAACUGAAGAGGUAAAAGAAAAAGGUGUAGAGGUCAAAGAAAUGAAAGAUGAUGUUAAUAAGGUGAUACCUUUAGAUGAGAGGGAAACCUCUGAAGAAAUAGUAGAGUCACAAAAAGAUCAAACAGAAAUGGCAGAUACUACCAACAUAGAAGACAUAGUAGAUGAAGUAGAAAUGAGGAAGAUAUCAGUGGAAAAUAUUGUUGGUGACACAGAAGUAGAGAAACCGGGAGUUCUAGAGGUGUCUUUGGUAGAAAAAGAGCAAAGUGAGCAGGUGAAAGUGAUGCACACAGUUGAAGAGACUGGCACGGUUCGGGAGUGUUUAUGUGACAAAGAACAGGAAACUGAAGACCAAGAAUUAAGUCCUGAUAAUGAAUGGGAGAAAGUCAGUUCUUUGAUUCAACAAGAGGAGUACUCAAACAUGGCAUACAGUUCAGGCUUAAAAGGAAAAUGUGGUGACAAGCGAAGAUCAAACUACGAAACUCCAUUAAGGCACUCUGUAAGACUCCGUGAUCAGGCUGCAGAAGGUGAACUUGCAGAAAGAGUUCUCAGACGUUCUUCUAAGCAAACACUUGAAACCACUUCUAAACAGGUGUACACAAGACAAGCCCAAUCUAUAAAGCAACCAGAGAAAAUCAAACAAGUAGAAGAUGAGCCUAAAGAAAAAGGAUUAAAUCAGACAGAAUCUCAGGCUGAAUGCACUGAAAAAGCCCAACAAAGAACUGAUGAUCAAAACCCCAGGGAAGUGGAGAACAAAAUGGAAGAUGGUUCACAAGAUGAAAAUAAGAUGGAUGAAAAGUUGAGGAAUGAAGAACAAGACAAAAUGGCCGCUGCAGCAGAAGAAGUUGGCAAGGCAGCUGAGGAUGGUGAGGAAAUAGGAAUCGCAGAUGUUAAUAAUGCUGAAGCUUACUACACAGGCGGUGAAAAUGUGGUGGUAGUUGAGGACAAAAUAAAAAAGAAAAAUAUUGAAGAAGCAGAAGUAAGACAUGACAAGAUAGAGAUUGAGGAAAAUAUUCUAUCAAAGGAUGAAGACAGAGUUUCAGAGCCAACUGUUACAGAUGAAAACAAGAUAGAGGAGGCUCAAGAAGAGGAACUUAUGAAAGAACCUAACGCUAUUCAAAGUGAGGAACCAGAAAUUAAUGACAUCGAGUUAAGUCUUGAUUAUGAAGAUGGCAAGGAUGGUGAGAAAAUGGCAGUUGUUGAUGUUCAUGAUGCUGAGGAUGUAAAUACAGCUCAAAUAGAAGUUGAAGUAAAAGUACCAGAACCAUCAGCUGCAGAACCUUUUGAAGAGCAGGAGGAGGAGCCAACCUUAGAAAUGAUGCCAGCAGAGAUUGUGCAGAACACUGAAGAAGCCACUUCAACUUUGAAACUGCAAAAGGUUGCUGCUGUUCUUGUGGAUUUAGACACAGUUUCCACAACACAUACAUAUGCCAGCGAAAAUGCCUCAGGAAACUCACAGCCAGAACGUACUGAUGACCGAGGGAACAAAGAAGAAGAAGGAUUAAACCAGCAAGUUGAACCCACUGAAAAAGAGCAAGAAGUGGAAAUGACAGAAAAUGAAAAUGAGACAGUUGAGGGUGAAAAUAGCAGCAUUGAAGAAACAGAAGAAAUUAUGGAGAGAGUUAUAACAACGGAUGUAGACAGAGUUUCAGAGUUGACUACAGAUGAAAACAAGAUGGAGGAUUUUCAGCAAGAGACGGUUCUGAAAGAAACAAAGACUGUUCGAGACGCACCAGAUGAGGAAAUCAAAAGUAAAGAUAUCAUUGAGUCAAGUGAGGAUGAUGAAGAGGUGAAAUCAGAUGUUCAGAUUGAACUGUCUGAAGAGGAAGAGGAUAAGACAAACUUUGUAACCCCAUUACGGCGCUCUAAAAGACUAAAACAUCUGGUUGCAGAAAGGGAACUGACAAAAAGAGUACUCAGGAGUUCAACAAAAACAGCUAAAGCAACUUGUAAACCCAAUGCUAUAAAGCAACGAGUGAAGACUAAGCAAGCAGUAGAUGAUCCUGAAGUUGAGCAGAUGAAGGAAGCUGUAGAAUCGCCCACUGGAACUGCUGCGGAAAAGAAAAUUGAGUCAGUAAGCAUCACUACUGAAGGCUGUAGGGAAAACCUGAUUUCAGCUUUAAAUGAUAAUGUUGAGGAAGAGAGAAAUGUAGAUGAGGAGCAUUUAGAAGAAAAAAUAACUGAUUAUCAAAACCUCAUGGAAGUGGAGAACAAAAUGGAAGAUGGUUCACAGCAUGAAAAUAAGAUGAAUACCGCUGCAAUAGAGCUUGAAGGAGAAACACUAGAACAGUCUACUGUGGAACCUGUUGAAGAGCAGGACGAGGAACCAGCCUCAGAAAUGGUGCCAAAGGAUGAUGUCCCGAACACUGAAGAAACCACAUCAGCUUUGAAACUGCCAAAAGCUGCUGUUGUGCUUGUGGAUUUUAACAAAGUUUCCAUUAUAUAUACAGAUGUUAGUGAAGAUGCUAAGGGAACCUCACAGCCUCAGGAGAAGGUAGAUCUGGAACAUCAUAGACUAGAAAGUACUGUUAGAGAAUCUCAGGCUGAACACACUGAAGAAGAGCAAGUAGUGGAAAUGAGAGAAAAUGAGAUUGAAAAUAGCAGCAUUGAAGAAACCGAAGAAAAGAUGGUGAGGAAAUGUGUUGUAUCGAAUGAUGAAGAUAGAGUUCCAGAGUCAGCUGUUACUGAUGAAGAAAACAUGGAAGAGGAUCAAAAAGGGACCACUGCCCAAGAAAUACCAGGUGAGGAACCAAAAAGUCUACAUGUCAUUAAGUCAACUGAAGAUGAUGAGGGUGUGACGUCAGAUGUUUCACUUAAACUGGCUGAAGAGGAAGUGUAUAAGGAAAUCAUCACUACUGAAGGCUGUGGUGAAAAUCUGAUUUCAGCUCUAAAUGUCAUUUUUGAGGAAGGGAGGGAUGAGGAAUGUUUAGGCCAAAACGUAACUGAUGCUGAACACCUCAUGGAAGUGGAGAAGAAAACUGAAGAUAGUCCACAGGAUGAAAAUAAAGUGGAUACAAAGUUGAGGAACAAUGAACAAGGAAGAGUGACAACAGGAGAAGAAGCUGGUGAGUCAACCAAAGGUGAUGAGAAAACAGCGGCUGAAGGAAAAUCAACAGAAACAUCUGCUGCGGAGUCUGUUGAAGAGCAGGAGGAGGAACCAGCCUCAGAAAGAGAGCCAGCAGAGGAUGAUGACAACAUAAAAGAAGCCACAUCAACUCUGAAACUGCAAAGUGUUGCUGUUGUGCUUGUGGAUUUUAACAAAGUCUCCCCGAAACAUGAAAGUGAUGACAGUGAAAUGGAUAAGGUAACCUCCCAGCCUCAGGAGGAGGUAAUUCAGGAACUUUAUAAGCCAGAUAGUACUUAUCAUAGUAAUGAGGGCAAAGAAGGAGAAAACCAGACAGAAUGUGAAGUUGAACUCGGGGAAAAAGAGCAAGAAGUAGAAAUGAUUGAAGAGGAACAUGAGGAAACAGAACAAGUAAGAGAUGAGAGGAUGGAGAUUGAGGAAAAUAGUAUGUCAAAGGUUGAAAACAAACUUCCAGAGUCAACUUUUAUAGAUGAAAAGAUGAUGAAUGAAACUCAGGAAGAGGAACCUGUGAAACAGACAAACACUAAUCAAGAUACACCAGGUGAGGAAGAAAACAUUCAAAAUGACAUUGAGUCAAGUGAAGAUGAAGGAUUGAAAUCAGAUGCUCAGAUUGAACUGUCUGAAGAGGAAGAGGAUAAGACAAGCUUUGUAACACCAUUAAGGCGGUCAAGAAGACUCAAGCGUCAGGCGGUAGAAAGUGAACUGACAAAAAGAGUUCUCAGGAGUUCUACAAAAGCUGCUAAAGCAACUUCUAAAACAAAAGCUGUAAUGCAACAAGUGAAAACAAAACAACCAGUAGAUGAUCCUGAAGAGCAGAUAAAGGAAGUUCUGGAGUCAGACACUGAAACUGCUGUGAAAGAGAAAAUUGAGUCGGUAAGCAUCACCACUGAAACCAAAGAAGUGAAAGCUCUCGAAGGAAAAAAAAUAGGACAGUCUGCUGCAGAACCUACUGAAGAGCAGGAGGAGGAACCAGCCUCAGAAACAGGCCCAUCAGAGGAUGAUUACACAGAAGAAGCCACAUCACCUUUGAAACUGCAGAAAGUUGCUGUUGGGCUUGUGGAUUUUGACACAGUUUCCACAACACAUACGGAUGCUGGUAAAGAUGCUAAGGGAACUUCACAGUCUCAGGAGGAGGUAGAUCUGGAACUUCAUAAACUAGAAAGUCCUUCUACAGGAUCUCAAGCUGAACACUCUGAAAAAGAGCAGGUAGUGGAAAUGACAGAAAAUGAAAUUGAAACCGGCAGCACUGAAGAAACAGAUGAAAAGAUGGAGAGUGAGGAAGGUGUUGUACUGAAUGAUGAAGACUUAGUUCCACUGUCAGAGGUUCCUGAUGAAGAAAACAUAGAAGAGGUUCAAAACGAGACAGACACUGCUCAAGAAAUAGCAGGUGAGGAAACAAAAAGUCAACAUGUCAUUGAGCCAAGUGAAGAUAAUGGUGAGAGAUCAGAUGUUCUGGAUGAAGAGGAUGAGGCAAGCUCGGUAACCCCAUUGAGGCGCUCUAGAAGGCUCGAGGAUCAAGCUGCAGAAAGUAAACUGACGAAAAGAUCUCUCAGGAGUUCGGCAAAACUGACAAACAAAGCCACUCCACAACAAAGACACGAACGACAAAUCAAAGUCAUGAUGCUACUAGAGGAACCUGAAAACCUAGAUGAAUCUAAUAAUAACGAGAUGAACGUUAUAUUAGGGUCUGAGGUCGCAGUAGGAGACCACAUGGAGUCAGAUGGUGAUCCAGAAAAUAUGAUUUCAGCUGUACAGAGCACCUGUGAAGAGGGAAGCAGUUUGGAAAAGACUGACAUAGAAGCUGAUGACCACAAGAACAUUAAGAACAUAAGGACAUCUGAUGGAAAUGAAGUAGAGAACAAUAUAAGGAGUGAAGGUGUUACAGAACAAGACAAGAUGGCACCAGAGGAUAUAAUACAUGGAGAAACUGAACAAGUCUGCACAGCUGUACACAUUGAACCUUCCGACGUUUUGGAAGAAGCUGAAAACAACGUGCAAGAAGAGGGAGCAGCCACAGAAAUGGCAUAUGGAGAGGAUAGUGAGAACAUCAUGGAAACCACAUCCGCUUUGAUACUACAAGAAGCUUCUGUUGUGCUUAUGGAUAUCAAAGAAGUUCUUCCAAAUCUCACAGGCACACUUGUAGCAGAGCUGGAGAUGGAUUCACUAGUCACUAAAGUUUGUCCUGAAAUAUUAGCAGUGCAAAGCACCGAAGAGUCCAGGGCUGCUGUGGAAGAGGCGCAUGAAACCAAUUCAAAAUGUGACACUGAGGAAGUACCUGCUGUCUCUGAAGCAGUGAGAAAAGACCGGGAGCAAGAUAAAAAUAUACCUGGAAAUGAUCUAGAAAAGGUAGAGGAGGGGACUGAUGGAGACAGCGAUAUGGUAGAAGCAGCUGUUGAUCAUAAGGAAAUUCUAGUAGAAGGUGAUCUACCAGAUGAGUAUCAGGAGAAAGAAGAACCUGAGCUGAACCAAGAACAAGUAAGAAGUGCCAGUUCUGGACAGGAACGUGACCAACAGGAUAAUGCUCCGGAGGAAACAUUGCUUGAGAAAACAUUUGAAGAAGAACCUAGUAAAAGAGUGGAAGAAAAACACCUUGUCGUUCAGUCAGACGAGGGCGUAGGUGUUGAAAGAAGGGCUCUGAGAAAACGAACAAUAACUACCAAAGCCACCUCUGUAAGGAAAUCCAAACGACUCUGCAAACAAGACCAAGGUGAAAAUGAUGGGCAAACAGUUGUGUGGACAAACAAUGAGGAUUCUGCAACAGUAAUGGCUGAUGUGAAGUCACUUGCAGAAAACGAAACCACUCAUCAAGGAAAAGGUCAAGAAAUACAGGGUACCAAUACUAUAGGUGGAGAAAUCUCCCAUAAAGAUGAGGACCAGGAAAAUACAGAAGGGGAAGAAAUGGAUGGAAAUGCGACUAACAGCCAAGAAAGCACAACAGGGACAGAAGAUAUGAGUAAGCAGGCCCAGUUGAGAGAGUUUCUAAAUGUUUCAGAAGAAGAUACAGAUUCUAAGCUAGUGGCACAAGAAGAAAAGAAUGGUGAAGAGAACAAGGAGGAACAAUCGGCGACAGAACAGAUAAUGGAGUCUGAAAACAAUGCAGGUGCAGCUGAUAAAGUAACUGAUGAGCCCAAAGAAUUUGAGGAUACUCAAGGGGAGCCAGAGCAAAUUGAGAAGAACGCUGAAGAAAUGACUGAAGCCAGUGUAACUGUAGAUGGAAAUUUCACCUCGGAGCUGGACGAAGAGAUUGACCGUAAGGACGCAGAGUGUCACCGAGUGGUUGAGGAGACCAAAGCCUCAUUUCAGGAGAGUGAAAAAGAAAUCGCAGAUGCAGGGCAAGAGUCCGGAGUGACGACAAAACGCUUCCUUCGUGGCAGGAAAUCAGCAACAGCUUCACCUGAACAAAGAUCAACUAGGAGAAGCAGGAGAUUGCUGCAAGAUAGUCUGAGUGAAAUGGAAGAUAAGUCAGAGGCAGAGGAGGUAAGAAAGGUGAUUGGAGAAGAGGUAAAGAAACCUCAACAAAAAAGAAAAGCUGUAGUUGAGCUAACAGCUCGUAGAUCUAAACGGCUUACAGGAGCAGAAAUAGUGUAAUUUAAACUACACUUGGUUAAUGGACCUAAAAAAAUUUUUAAAGAAUAUAAUAACUUGCAUUAGUUACAUUUAAAAUACCUUCUUUUUUUUUUUAAUUACAGUUUUGAUAUGCAAUAUGUAGUCUACAUUUUUAUUACAUUUUGUAGAUUUAACUUUUUUGUUAUUUUGAAUUGUAUUCUAUCUUUAACAUUGUGCUUACUCUAUUAAUUAAUGUUACUUUAAUUACCGUUACUCACAGGCUUUUAAUAUAUCUAAAGUUCUACUUUGUUAUGCACAUCAAAGGGAUCUCUAUAUAGGCAUAUUUUUCUAUACCUUUUCAUCACUGUGAACUCACAAAUGGUGGCUCUGUGUAUUUGUGCUUAUGGAUAAUAUUAUGUUUCCACAGUGUACCAUUUCUUUUUCCUGUAUUAUGUACGAAACCAUUUUGUAACUGAACAUUUUUUCCCAUGUUCAGUAGUUUUGAAUUUGAAUAUUUGUUUUCAAGGUGCAUAUAUCAGCUCUUCUAUAGUUACAGUAUAGAUUUGGCCAGAUCAAAACUAUAACAGUCUCGUGAUUGAUUGAAACACAACGAUUCUCUCUUCAGUCCUGACUGUGAAAUAUACUGCAGAUAAAUAGUAUAGACUUUCCACUAGCACUUCUUCAGGAUCUCUGAGUAUGCACUUCGUUAUUGUUAAAUACUAUUUUACAACUGUGAAACACUUCUUUUAUCAUAUUAUAUAUUUUUUAUAGUUUUGUCAUCUGGACGUUAUUUACCAUUAGUGAAUUAUUUGUUACUCUUUUGACAUCUGUAAACAUCUUUUCCUGCACCAAUAAGCAGUGCUAUUUUUGUUGUUUAUUUGUUUAUAUGUUUGUUCCAUCUUUAUUUUUUCUGGUUUUAAAUAAAGUUUGAGAAUUGUG